CCCCGUUCGGACCACUAAAUAGGUUUGCUCGCUCCCGCUCGCCAGAAAUAAAACGCCCGCGCUGCCCUGCGCAGCUUGUCUAGUUAGGAUGUUUCUUUCACUUCAAGUGCUCUGUAUAUUGGCUUUUGCAGCAAUACGAACGACAUGUUUUGAAUGCGGGAUUAACAUAACUGGUUAUUCCGCUGAACUCACACCCUUGUCAGUGGAUGUGCCAUCUGGAAGCUCUGUUACUCUCACGUGUCGUACAACACCACUAGUUACCUUUCCUCAGUGGUACAUUGAUGAUGAGGCGUUCACAGCAGAUCGUCUUCCGGUGGACUUUACUGCUAAUGAAUCAAGCAUUCGCUUUGCAGCUGAAGAUGACGUGGAGAUAUUUUGUUUUUUUAGAGUAAUAUUGGGUGGAUCAGUCGUCAAUAUAUGCAGCAAACCUUCUUCUAUUGCUGUAGAAGGCCCUCGUGGUCCAACUGAUUAUGCUUCAUGCAAUGAUGUGAAGGUAUCAUUCUUCUCAAAUGCUAACAACACGUUGACUAUAUAUAUUGAUGGCAUUAAAGAACACACGGAUGACUGCAGUGUUUCUGUUCUUUUGACAGACUGUGCUCAUUCUGAGAAUCGUGCCGAAAUGUCAGAACCGGUCAAUGCUGAAAAUGGUUUAGCGACUAUCACAACCGAUAUUAGAAAAUUCUCUGAGAAGAGUAUCAGCGUUGACGUUUCAGCAGAGAGUUGCAAUCUUCCCUGUGAACCCCCUCAUAAUUACUACUUCACUGCUAUAAAACCAACUGGCAAAAGGCACGUUCCAAAUGGUAGUUACAACGGGACUCUGAUUGCUGAUGCAUUUAGUGAGGCGGCUAUUGACUGCAACUUCAGAGGAAAUGUAUCAUUCUUCUCGAAUGCUGACGACAUGUUGACUAUAUAUAUUGACGGCGUUCAAAGAAACACCGAUGACUGCAAAGUUUCUGUUCUCUUGACAGACUGUACUGAUUCUGAUAAUCGUGCCGAAAUGUCAGAACCGGUCAAUGCUGAAAAUGGUUUAGUGACUAUCACAACUGAUAUUCGAAAAUUCUCUGGGAAGAGUAUCAGCGUCGACAUUUCAGCAGAGAGUUGCAAUCUUCCCUGUGAAACCUCCCAUAAUUACUACUUCACUGCUAUAAAACCAACAGGCAAAAGGCACAUUCCAAAUGGUAGUUACAGCGGGACUCUGAUUGCUGAUGCAUUUAGUGAGGCGGCUAUUGACUGCAACUUCAGAGGAAAUGUACUUGAGUACACCAUUUGUGUACAAUCAGGAGGAUCAAUUGACUGCUUUGAUAAUCCAUGUCUUAGCGAUAAAGUUUUCCCAGCAAAGUGCUUUGGCAGUAGUAGCAAUGCCAUUGAAGUUGACAAAGCUGGAAAUGGAACAAUUGUCUCAAUAUUCUGCCCUAAGAGGAAUUGUGGAGACCUUUAUUAUAGCAGUGUGGCAUUUAACUUUGUAAUAUUGACAUGUGAUGAGAAUGCUGAAUUCAAAGGAGGGGAAUGUAUAUGCAAUGGGAAUUACACUGGAGAUGGAAUAACUUGUACACCCUCUCUAAUAAAUCAUGGCUCUACACUUGGAAGCCAUGUGAUUGUCGUCUUAUUUGGCUUCUUACUUUCAUUGUGGGCUAUUGGACUCUGAGGAAAAGACUGUAGUGCAUGCCUGUCAAGGGUUUUGACAAAUUAAGUUUGGAAUGAUUGAAGACAUCAGACACUCUGGCUGUAUCUAUACCAUAAGCUUCCACAGCAGCAUGGAGACUGGCUGUCCUGGGGGGAGGAAGAAUGUGAGGCAAAGACGGAGAGAACUGAAGGGUAAGACAACAGCACACAGUCUCUGCUGGAGAGACAUCAGGAGAGCAGAGCAAACUGUGUGUGGAGGAGGUUCGAUGCAGUUGAACCACUCCGAACCAGAGUACAAGUACACUACACACCUCAUUCCCAUUGCCAAUAUGUCCGUCG